AUGAGCAACCCAUACUACAACAAUGGCGCCAACACGGGGUCAUACGAGAUGAGCUCGUUCAAGUACGGCGGCGAGGACGACUUCGUCGCGUUCAUGAACGAGAUUCAAGAUAUCAACUCCCAGUUGGACAACUACUCCAACUUGGUGGACUUGAUUGCCAACAAACAGAGAAACUACAUCCAGGAAUUGGACUUGAAUGACGAGGACGUUGACUACUCGUCCAAGCAAAUCGACGCUUUGGUUUUGGAGGCUUCAUCGUUGCAAAGCGAGUUAAAGUCUAGAAUCAAGAAUGUCCAGACACAGGCAGCUCAGCUGAGAAACCCACAGAAGGUGGACCAGGCGGAGAGUUUGAGAAACAAGUUCUUGGAUCUUAUCCAGAAGUACCGUUUGACCGAGAGUAACAACAGAGAGCAGACGAGAGUCCAGGCCGAGAGACAGUACCGUAUUGUUAAGCCAGAUGCCACCGAUGAAGAAGUACAUGCCGUUGUGGAGGAUGGCAGCAGCAACCAGCAAAUUUUCCAGCAAGCUUUGAUGCAGCUGAACCGUAGAGGCGAGGCAAGAACCGUGUUGAAUGAGGUCCAAGUGCGUCAUCGUGAAUUGUUGAAGUUGGAGAAGACCAUGGCUGAGUUGACGCAGUUGUUCCACGACAUGGAGGAGUUGGUGAUUGAACAGGACCAGCCUAUUCAACAGAUUGAGGAGCAGAUCAACACUGCUCAGCACGACAUUGAGCAGGGUGUUGGACACACACAGAAGGCAGUUGUAUCUGCUAAGAAGGCUCGUAAGAAGAAGUUGUGGUGUUUCUUCAUUAUUGUUCUUAUCAUUGUGAUUCUUGCGCUUAUUUUGGGUAUCUACUUUGGUACCAAGUAA